AUUACGGAGUGGGAAAUUAGCCUAGUAGCCUAUUAAAUCAAUUAGAAUUUAAAAAGUCCCUACAGCGCUACUCCCGGGUAUACUCUACGGUCAUACGGAGGCUAAUUGGCCAUAGAAUAUGGAUGGACUCACAGACGAAGGUCGAGGUAGGCAGGUAGUUGACUGCUGACUAGUGUAGUACUGUGAAUUGUCUAUUGACUAGCUACUACACUAUAGCAGUACGGCACUCCCAUUCGGCUGACCUGGCCCCGUCUGCAAACCAGCCAACCAGUGUCUACUAUGACGGAAAAAGGAAACAAGAGACGGGGGCUUCAAAGAGAAAAAUUAAGAAAAGAAAAGAUGAAGUAGUGCAAUCUUUUGCGGGUUCCAUGGAUAGAUCUAUAUACAAAAUGCAGUCUACUAGAGCUAUAUUGGCCGAAGAGGUGCCAUGCCGAGGGAGGGCCUAGCCAACGGAGGACUAGUUUUCUGCUCCUGUGCUUCUAAGUCACUUUCUGUGAGCCGAUGGGUUUGGGCACGAGUUUAACAUAUCUCUGUCACAUCCUCUUAUAUUUUUUAAAAAUCCCUGUAAAAAAACUGUGUCAAUCUCGUGUUUUUUGGUAGUGAACGAAUGAUGCUUAGUUUUCUCAUAUAUAUUGUUCUUUUGAGAAAAGUCAUGAAAUUAGAAUUGAAACAUUUUUGUUAAUCAUUCAUAUUGGGCAUUAUUCGCACAUAGUGCAUAUGCCGCUAGUGUGUGUGUAAUCUAGAGAGAAGUGAGAGCUAGAGAGAGAAAAUGCUAGUGAUUAGAAUUUCUCAAUCCCCUACAACUAUCCCAAAGGGAAGUAUUUAUAUAGAAAAAUGUGGGUUGCGCUCCCAGGACUUGGGCCUGGGAGGCUCGAUACAAAAAUAAGGCCUCUAAUGGGCUGAUUACAUGAUUUCCAGAUAUAAGUACAAAAUGUAGUCUACUAGAGCUAUGUUGGCCGAAGAGGUGCCAUGCCGAAGGAGGGCCUAGCCGACGGAGGACCAGUUUUCUGCUCUUGGGCUUCUGAGUCACAUUCUGUGAGCCGAUGGGUUUGGUCAAUGGAGGGCCAUAUGAGUGCCAAAUGUCUUUGUAUAAGUCUUCUCAGUAUGUGGGCCAUAGAGUUCGGCCCCAUAUACUCUAUCAGGAGUCCCCCCACUCUAUGAGUUGAGAGUACUCGAGGCAAAAGGGAGUAUAAUAUUCAUGCUUUGAUCUUUUGGCCAAGGCAUAAUCGUAGUUUUGUGGACGUUGUGCAGUUGUUUCCUUUCAUGAUUGGCCGUGGCGUGAAACUUAUUUUUGUGGACGGCGAAUGUCACUGCUUUGAUGCCGUUUGAUGGGGUUAUAGGACUAGGCCCAGAGCCUAAUCAGUUCAGGCCACAAACUUGGACCAGCAGGCCCAAGCCCAGCAACCCAGCGCUUGAGACGGCCCAAACAAUCAAGCCGAUCAAGGAGCGGGAGCCCAAGAUGACCUGCCUUCCAGCCCGGCCAGCAGCCUGCCUUCCAGCCAGGAGCCUGCCUCCAGUCCGGUGGGGAGCCUGCCUUCCAGUCCAGCAGCAGCCUGCCUUCCAGCCCAGCGGAGAGCCUGCCGUCCAGUCCAGUAGGAGGAGCUCAAGCGUCCAGCCUGCCAGCCACGCCGACCUGCCAGCCAGGAACAAUAACUGUCAAAAGCAAUUAAUGUGUGAUUUAAUUAUGUAUUUAAUUCCGUAUUAAUGUUGUGAUUAAUUAGCCAUGUUGAAGAUCAUUUUAUUGCGAAUCAAGCUUGUCAUAUGUCUUGUAAUAGAUUAGCUCUUAUUAUAUCCUUUGUUAUUAAUGUUUGUAUUUAUUUGGGUAUAAAAGAUAUGGGGCCAAUGUGUCAGGCCCAUAUCAGGCUGAAAGCCUUUACGCAAACCUUAUACCUGCGCAUAUAAAAAGGCGCUUUAGGUUUAUGUUUGCGUUAACUUUCGUACUCGAUCAAAAU